AUGAAUCAACUCGCAUCUCGAGGCUAUACAUUCUGGAACUAUGCUCCAUCAAUACCUGCAGCGGCCAUUUUCAUGCUUCUGUUUAUAACGAUGACUGGUCUUCACUCUUGGAAGAUGUUCAGAACACGCACUUGGUUCUGCAUAUCCUUUACUCUUGGUGGCUUUUUUCAGAUUAUUGGAUACAUUGGACGAUGCGCUGCGCAUAGCAAUACCACUGCUAUGGGACCAUACAUAGUCGCCAAUAUGUUUAUCCUGCUCGGUCCCACCCUUUUCGCCGCGUCCAUCUACAUGACCCUCGGUCGACUCAUUCGCCGCGUCGAGGGAGAUCAUCUCUCCCCAAUCCGUGUCUCACGUCUCACCAAAACUUUCGUCUGGGGAGACGUAUUGUCCUUCAUUGUGCAGGGCAAUUCUUCCUCGCUUUCUGUGCUGGGCUAUGCCACGUGGGGAAAAGUGUGUGUGAUCGCCGGACUGGCAAUCCAAUUGAUCUCCUUUUCCCUCUUUUGGGUAACGGCCAUCGUAUUUGCGAGACGUCUCCGUCGCGCACCAACCCCAGAGUGUCUUAAGCCUGGCAUCCCCUGGCAGCAAUCUUUAAACAUGCUCUAUGCUGUCAGUGCCUUAAUUCUGGUCCGGUCUGUCUUCCGCAUCAUCGAGUAUGUCAUGGACAAUGACGGUUAUCCACUCAAACACGAGUGGACGAUGUAUGUCUUUGAUAGUGUGCCAAUGGUGGCUGUCAUGGUGAUUUUCUUCAUGUGGUACCCUGAUCGAAUGAGCCUGGAUGCAGAUUCCGAGAGAGGUAUACCAUUGGCACACAGUUACUCUGGAGUAUAA